AUGGGGCUCAUAGGGGAACUUUUCACUGGCUACAUUGGGCAGCUCAGUGAACUAACUACUGUGGACGUCUCACACAACCCUGGCCUCACAGGUCAAAUUUCGAAACAUAUAUCAUCUCUCCGAAAGUUACUCAUCCUGGACCUAGCUGGCUGCAGCUUCAGUGGUUGUAUUCCUGAUUCGCUUGGAGCUCUUGAACAGCUGACAUAUAUAGAUAUGAGUUCAAAUAACUUAUCUGGAAUAAUACCUUCUGCUUUGGGUCAACUCUCCAACCUCUACUUGCUUGAUCUAUCAGACAAUCAACUGACUGGACCUCUCCCAAUCUCAAGCCAUACUACUCAUGGAGGAUUAGACCUCUUGUUAAAGGCUCAGCACUUAUUUUUGUACAACAACCAGCUUUCAGGUUCUAUUCCACCGGAGCUUUUCAGCUCUGCGAUGAGUCUGGCUUCUCUGUUCCUAGAUGGAAAUCAUUUUACCGGUGUUAUUCCAAUGACAUUAGGGCUUGUUAAGACUCUUCAGGCGGUUCGGCUUGCUGACAAUAGUCUGACUGGAACUGUACCCUCAAACCUUAACAACCUCACAAAUGUCUUUGACCUGAAUUUAGGCAAAAACAAGUUGACAGGCUCUUUGCCCGACUUGACUGCAAUGAAAUCCCUCAUUUAUGUAGACCUUAGUGACAACUCAUUUGACCCAUCAGAAGCUCCACUUUGGUUCUCAACCUUACCCAGACUCGACACUCUGAAUAUGGAAUGCGGAUCACUUCAAGGAGUUGUACCAGAGAAUCUAUUCAGCCUUCCAGAAUUACAGCAAGUGAAUCUGAAGAACAAUAUGUUUAACGGUCUGAACAUGGGCAAUAAUAUCAGUCGACAACUGAAGCUUGUGGAUCUCGAGUGCAAUCACAUUUCCGAGCUCACUAUAGAAGAAAAAUACAAAGGGGAAUUAAUACUUAAAGGGAACCCAAUAUGCUCUGGAAGUCUAUCAAAUUCUACUUGGUGUCAGUAAAAGGCAACGAGUUAAGGUGCUGGAUUGAAAUAAAUAGGAUUUGUCUGCAACAUCCUCCAUAAAGUUUUCUAUACUUCCUCAUGAGCUGUGUAACUUGAUUGAAAUUCUAAGUCAAUACUGUAAAUGUGGAGCUAUAUAUUCUAUCCUUUACUAUUCAAGUAAACUCUUGUUCCCAUGGA